CUGAUUACAUAAAGCAUUCAGAGCUUAAGUUAUGGAAAGGUAGUUCCAUUUGAUCUGCCUCAUGUCGGGAACGGGGAAAGUAUAUUCAGUUCUUCCUGAUAAUGAAAAGGUCUCAGAAACGCGUUUCCUGAUUGUGUUAACAAUCUCUGAAAAGCUGCGGAUCCGUGUAAACCAACGACAGCAGAGUGGAUACUGAAAGUAAAGAAAAUCCAAGGAAAAUACCAAAGAUUGGGAUUGAACACAAGGAAGAUGAAUAACCAAGUCCAAGUCCAAAUGAUGUGAUGAAGCUGGAAAGAAAGAACAGCACAACGACAUAUCAAUAAAGUGUGGAUCUGACCUAAGAACCAAGGCUGCAGACAUUGCCAAGAAAUAUUUCCAUGUCUAAAAGCAAGAGUUCUUUAGUCACUUGAACUCCAUUGUAAAGAGGAAAGGAGGAAUCGAACUGGAUCGCUGCCAAAUAUUUUUCUGUGUCUGCGAUGGCUUUCCAUUGGCGUAUCACUAACUCCAGGCUGGCAUUAUUUAUGUUUGUAACUCUUUCCUACCUUCAAUUGUCUUCGGCCAUACAAAGCUGUUCCAGGAAGCAGAACAAUUUUAAAAAUGUCUCUGAAAUUCAGUACAGCAGUAACAUCUACCCAGUUUCUGGGACGAUAUUGGUUCUAUACCGCAUGGUGCACAACUUCCUUGAUAUGGUUCAACCAAAUCCCUUUCCAUCAGAUUUAGUCCAGGAACUCAAACAAAAUGCUGAAAAUCUACAGAGCAACUAUGUAAAGGUUCUGAAGUAUGAGAUUGGCUUCAUUGUUUGUGCAGCUAUUGGAAUUCUCUUCUUCCUCUUCAUGCCCUUGGUCGGUGUUUGUUUCUGUUGCUGUCGGUGUUGUGGGAACUGUGGAGGAAAGAUGUACCAGGAGCAGAAAAAGUCAAUGAACUGUAGAAGGAGGACACUAGCAGCCAUCUUGGUCAUGGUUACAACAGUGAUUCUAAUAGGAAAUAUCUGCAUGUUUGUCAGCAAUGAAAACAUCUCAGAAUCUUUACAGCAUAGUGACAACUUACUGAAAGACACCCUAGGAAACCUGAAAAGUUACAUUAACUCCAUCCCAAAACAAAUUACAACCAUUACUAAUGCCAGUGCAAUACCAGUAGCCAGUGUCUCAGCUAACCUGGACAAUAUAGGUUCAAGUCUUGGUAAAACAGUCUUGAAAAAGCUGGGUGAAACCAUAUACCCUAUACUGAAUUCAGCAUCUCAGCUAGCACAAGUUGUCACUGAGAUGAAUGAAAGACUGGUGCUCAUAAAUUCGACAGCAGCAAAACUGCUACAUCAGCAGGAGGUUCUCCAGCAGAAUGUGACCAUCAUCCAACAAAACAUUAACAGAACACUCAAUAUGUGUGGUUUACAAUGUGUCAGCAUCCAGGGCAUCCUGAAGGACCUUGACCUUGUUGCCAACUUUGGAACGACUCCUAAUAUGGAUAAGGAGAUAAAUGCCAUGAGGCAAAUUGUGGACACCAACUUUUAUUCCAUUGUACAAAAGGGUUAUAAAGAUUUUAAUGAUACACCAGCCCUGCUUGUCAACCAGUCAAUUAGUACUGUAUCAGAAAUUAAGAAAAGCUUGAUGAAUAUUGAACACGAGGUACAAAAAGGUGUACAGGCAUUUCCAUUAUUAACUACAUUAAAGUCAAUCAAUGCCUCACUAGAUUCUGUGGAUCUCGAAAUAAGUAAAUACCGCCCAAAGAUUCAGGAAGGCAAUAAAUACAGGUGGAUAGUUGGGAUUGUGCUAUCCGGUAUCAUUUUCCUAGUUGUUCUGUGUAAUUAUCUGGGGCUUCUACUGGGAACAGCAUGCCUCAAACCCAAUGUGAAUCCCAUUGAACGGAGCUUAUUGUCCAACUGCGGGGGGAAUCUCCUCAUGGCGGGAGUCGGCUUCAGUUUCAUCUUCUCGUGGCUCUUGAUGCUCCUUGUCCUUAUCAUGUUUAUUGCGGGUGGAAAUGUCUAUUCGCUGGUUUGCAAACCCUGGUAUGACAAUGAGAUUUUUCAGGUAAUUGAAAGCUCAGGGCUGAUGUCUAACUUUAACCUGGCACACAUACUUGGACUGAAGGAUACCCAUCUGAGCAUCAACAAUACUUACAAUGACUGCCACAAUAACAAAUCUGCAUGGAAGGCCUUGAAACUAGGGCAGAGCUUCAGCCUGGAUGAAUAUUUGAACCUGAGUAAGUAUACAGGUGACAUAUCAAGUAGAUUUGAUCAGCUGAAUGUCAAUUUAUCAGGAAUUACACUACUGGAUCAGAAGGGCAAGACGACUCUGAAAGAUUUCUUAAACACUGGUAUUGAAGAUUUGAACUUUACCAGCAUCUCUGAGCAGCUGCAGCUGCCCUUAUUUCAGCAGGAACUGCACAUCACUGUGGGGAAACUACAAAAUACCUCAAAGAGCUUGAUGGACCCAGUCAAAACCGAACUAAACAAAGAGGCAGCAAGCCUGAAUGACCUGGACAGCUGGAUCCAGACCAACAUGGUGCCAAACAUUGAAGUAUUGAAAGAAAACAUUGAACAUCUUCAGAAAAAUGCUUCACACAUUGAGAUGAUCAUAAAUACCAUUUUAUUGAGGAUAGAUUCUGCACAGGAUAUGAUCCAUACAAAAGCUUCAGAUCUUGUUAAAAAUGAAUCCAAGAUUUUUCUGGAUUGUCAGCUCGAAUAUUUCAGUUACUAUAUGAAUUGGACCAAGACGAUGAUUACAGAGAAUAUGGCUCAGUGCAGACCUCUCGCAGAUGUCCUGGAUUCCGUGGCAAUCAUUGCUUGUUCAUACCUUUUGGAUUCCUUGAAUGCUUUCUGGUUUUGUAUGGGCUGGAGCACAAUAUUCCUGAUUCCAAGCAUCGUUUUUGCAGUGAAGCUGGCCAAAUUCUACCGUCGCAUGACAAUUUCAGAUGUAUAUGAGAAUUUUGACUGUCAGAUGGAAAUGCAACCAGUGUAUUGAUGAUUCCGUCUUUCUGAAACCUGACAUUGGGAUCUUACUGAGAUACUGUGACUGACUCCAUUGUGGGAAAAAAAUGAAUAAACCAAUGAUACUUGAGGAGCUCCCUCUGAAGUUCAAUAUUGCCAUUGUGUACUGAAUUAAAAUUUCAACAUAUGUGAUUUGAAUGCAUGAAUUGAAUUGAAUUGAAAUGCAUUGAUUGCAUGUACAGCACAGGCCUUGACUGUUUUGUUGUUCCCCAAAUAUCUCUUCCCUGGAGCUACAAAUCUGAAUUUUUCCAAUUGGAGUUCCCUUGUAGUGCAGUUCCCUUUUGCUGCAGUAUGUAAACAGCUCUUAUCAGUAUCACAAUGUCCCUGUGUGACUAUGACAAAGGUAACUCUUCACUCCCCAUCCUUCUGCAUGUCUUGAUGUAGUUGACCAUGUAACAUCUUAAACAUCGUCAUGUAACAUCUCAAAUAGAUCCAUUGAGAUGUAUAGCAUCUUUGGUUCAACUUGUCCACGCCGACGAGAUAUCCCAACCUAAUCUAGUCCCAUAUGCCAGCACUUGGCCCUAAUCCCUCUAAACCCUUCCUAUUCAUAUACCCAUCGAGAUGCCUUUUAAAUGUUGUCAUUGUACCAGCCUCCACCACCUCCUCUGGCAGCUCAUAACAUACAUGAAUGGGGCCAUUUGGUUACAUUCCUUUCUAAGCGUUUGUAAUCUCUUCUUGCUACAGCAGUGUUAAAGGGAAAUUUGGGUAUGCCAUGAGUUAACCUUUAAAUUGACAUGAAGUUGCAGCUAGGAUUAGAAUGAGAUAGAAAGUUUUAGUUAACUUCAUAGGCAAUAAUCAAACAAAUCAUUUAGGAUUCAUUUUAAUUUUAUCGAGUCAAUAAAGUUAGGUAGACUACAUAAACAUGCUCAGAUGCUGAUGCAACAGAGUUUCUGUAAAAAUACAACAUGGCUGAACCAGCAUUAACCCUGGGGCCUUAUUUGGAAAUGGAAUGUGAGGCUAAGCCCAUACCAUAUCAAGAAAGACAAAGAUGUGGAGUUUAGUCGAGGAUGUGAACAAAGCACAGGCUUCAGGACUGAAGAUAGCAUGGCACCUGGAAGAUAGGGAAUAGCGAAACCAGAGCUAACAAGAGUUUGGCAAUGUUUGGAAUGUGUGAAAAACAAGGUGUUUGUCUAAAACAGACAUUUUGGGAUUCAAGUAAUGUAUUGUCUACGUGACUUACAAUGCACAAAUAUCUCAUGAACCUUGGUUGAUCUUUCUGGACUAGAGUCUCCCAAUGUUGCUAUCAAGAAAUGAUCAUUGCCCUUUAUCUUGAGGCACCUGAGAUUAUUUCUUAAAAUAAUCUACCACAAUAAUGGUAUUACCUUUGGUGCCCCUGAAAGAUCUAUCCUCAUUAUCAGGUAUGUUGCCCUCAGCAACAUCAUCUAAAAAUACAAUGUCAGGUCCCAAUGCACACUGAUGACACAUAGCACCACCUCAGUGGCAGGCAACUUGGAAGCUUGGGGUCAUUUUUGCAGACAGAACAUAGGUGUUCUGCAAAGCAGUCACCCAGUCUGGAUUUUGUCUCCCCAGUGUGGAGAAGACCGCAUUUUGAGCAGUAAAUAUAGUUGACUAUGUUGAGUGAAGUACAGGUAAACUGGUAUUUCACCUGGAGGAUGUGUCUGGGUGUCUUGGAUAGUGAGCAGGGAGGAGAUAAAUGAGCAUGUGAGGCACGUUCUGUGAUUGGGAAGGUGCCGUAUGGAUGUUGGGAAGUUUUGAAGUGGAAGAGGAGUGGACCAGGGUGUCCCUGAGGGAACUGUCCCUGCGGAAUGCUGACAAGAGAGGGAAAGGAAUAUGUGUCUGGUGGUGGCAUCCUGCUAGCAGUGGCAGAAAUGAUAGCAAAUCAUGGGGUGAAAAGUGAGGAGCAGGGGUUCCUGUCAUUGUUGGGGGGGGGCGGAGAGAAGGGGUGAGGGCAGAAAUGGGGGAGAUGGGUCAGACAAGGCUAAGGGCCUUGUUAACCACAGUAGUGGGAGAUCCUUGGUUGAGGAAAGAGGUGGAUGUUUCUGAGACCCACAGUAGGUGACAUCAUUGGAACUGAUCCGAUGGAGACGAGAGAAACUGAGAGAAUGAAUCUAAAUCCUCUUGACUAUACAUCCUCUCAUGCUGCUUCCUGUAAGAAUUCCAUAUCAUUCUCCCAGUUUCUCUAUUGCCUCUUCAACACACCACUAUGUAUCAUACCAAAAUUUCUGUCUCAGGUCUGUUGCAGUGCUCCAGUGAGACUCAACACAAACUGGAAGAACAACACUCCACCUUCUGCUUGGGGACCUUAGAACCUUGAGGACCUAACAUCAAGUUUAAAAAUUUUAGAGCAUGAAUAUCUCCUUCUUUAUCUAUUCCUACCUCUACAGUUCUAGGACCUGUCAUGAAAUGGGUCACUUUCAGCACAGCCAACCCAUUUUCAACUACUCAUAACCCCUAUUAGGUUGUCUUCUUCCCUGGUUUACUAAAAACAAUUCCUGAAGAACGGCUCAUGCCUGAAACGUCGAUUCUCCUGCUCCUUGGAUGCUGCCUGACCUGCUGCGCCUUUCCAGCAACAUAUUUUCAGCUCUGAUCUCCAGCAUCUGCAGUCCUCACUUUUUCCUUACUAAAAACAAUCCCCUUGUCUGCCUAUCCUUUUUUUCUCUCUCCCCUGGUCUCUGUCUCCACUCACUCCUUUCCCCACCGCCUCCCCCAGCCCUCUUUCAUCGGCAUAAAUAUCAAUGUUUCUUAGCUACAGUCUGUUCUGAAGAAGGGCGUUGGACCUGAAACAUUAACUCUCUUUUCUCUUCAGUUUAAUCAUUCUGCCUCAGUGGCUGUAAUUUCUGCUGCCUGGGUCCCAAGUGCUACAAUUCUCUUCUUAAACUUCUCCCACCACUACCUCCCCUCUUCAAUCUCUUUAAGACCUUUUAAAAGCUCAUAUCUUUGAUCAAGCUUUUAGUCUCCUCUCCUAAUGUUUCCUUCUUUGACUUGAAGCCAAUUUUCUUUUUCAUAAUUGUUCUGUGAAGCAGUUUGG